UUUUACAAAUAAAAACGUUCCCAUAGAGACAACUUAAUGUUAAGAAGUCUGGCUAAGCUUCCUUGUAGUUUGUAUUUCUCGUUCUCAUCAGAUUUCUGACUUCGUUGAGUUCCUUGUCCUUGUGUCCUGUUCUACUUGUUACCUCUGGAGUCUUGCAACAGGAGUACUACAGGAAAGUCUACUGAUUAUGCACAUUUCUGUAGGAAUCAAAAACUAAGUGGGAUGGUUUGGAGAAACUUUGGCCGGUAAGGGCAACAUGAGUUUGCAGUGUGUCUGGCUUUGCUAACAGUUGCCAUCUCAGUACUUGGGACAAUCCCCAGCGCAUGAGUGCUUAACGAAUAUUAACCGAGUGAAUCAAUGAACAUGAAUAAGUGAAAUGGUCUUUUGCAAGCACAGGCUACGUCCAGUUGGCGACCUGCAUCUAAGUUUGCAGGCCGGCUCCUCCCGCAGACCACAUCUCCAGGGAAAAACCCUCCUUUCAGUGGCGAGGGCAAAGAAAUGCCCAUAAAUCUUCGUGAGGGGCGGGCCUCGAGCCACUCGUUCACCGCCUGAUGUCGGCCGGCGUUAGGACCCGGCAUCGCAGGGACGGAAGCUUGGAGGCGGGGCUGGGGUAGGCCGUCCCGCGCCCGUGACGUAACCAGCCCGCGCCCGCAGGAGUGGGGCCGCAGCGCGCCGUAGGGAAACAGGUUUCUGGCUGGCCGUCGCUGCCACGCACCAUGGCGAGUCCCAUCCAGCAGCCUCCUCAGCCUGGCGGCGGGAAGCGCAAGGGCAAGGCUCAGUACGUGCAGGCCAAGCGAGCUCGGCGCGGCGCAGGCGGCGGGCCCCGGCAGCUGGAGCCGGCCAUGCAGGGCAUUCUCAUCACCUGCAACAUGAACGAGCGCAAGUGCGUGGAGGAAGCCUACAGCCUGCUCAACGAAUACAGCGAUGACCUGUUUGGGCCGGAAAAGUUUACAGACAAGGAUCAGCAGCCCUCUGGAAGUGAGGGCGAAGAUGACGAUGUGGAGGUGGCCCUGAAGAAGGAAGUGGGCGACAUUUAAGGCGUCACGGAGAUGAGGCUAAGAAGAUUCCAGUCAGUGGAGAGUGGAGCGAACAAUGUUGUCUUCAUCAGGACUCUAGGGAUAGAACCGGAGAAAUUGGUGCAUCAUAUUCUCCAGGAUAUGUACAAAACCAAGAAGAAGAAGACUCGGGUUAUUCUGCGAAUGCUGCCCGUCUCAGGCACGUGCAAGGCUUUCUUAGAAGAUAUGAAAAAAUAUGCAGAAACCUUUUUGGAAGCCUGGUUUAAGGCUCCAAAGAAAGGGCCAUUUCAGAUUGUGUACAAAUCUCAAAAUAACAGCCACGUGAAUAGAGAAGAAGUUAUCAAAGAAUUGGUGGUGAACGGUGCUGGGGACCCGGCCCAGCGUAACCCGAAGCAGGCAGCACACGCCGGAAACGAGAAAGCAGCUCACGUGCAGCCUGGGGACACGUCACAUCCAAAUGACACAGCAGAAGGAGAAAAUCAGCAGCAGCCCGUACCCGAGGAUAGUGAGGAGCUGGGCCAGGGGCAGAGGAAACCCGGCUCUGAGACACAGGUGGUGAAGGAGGGAGGAGCUAAACCUGAACUUGCAAGUCAAGUCCCAGAAGGCUCUAAGUCAAAUGAAAAUGACCUCUCGGAGGAAAAAAAAAAUCAUUCGGUGUUGGAGGUGAGUUUCUGUGAGGUGUUGCUGGGAUUCCAUGUGAAAUUGUGACUGCAAAUAGUGUUUUUGAACGUCUGAGCUGCAUAAUACUGUGCUCAACGGUGGUGAGCAGUGACUGGGCAGCCCUGUUGGAGGCUGUUUAGUUAGCGAUGUUUUCAGCCCGUAUGGAGGGCGCAGUAGCCCCACGGACAUUGGGUUGAGCUCGGGGAUGGCGUAGGUGAUUGGUGAACACUCACACAGGGGAGGUUCCUGGAUUCUUGUGAAAUAAGAAUAUCUUUCAACCUCAGUGCUCACCCUCACAUACCGUGAGAGGUCCCUUAACUUGAGGGUGUUUUCAAGGGGACCUCUAGGGCAAAACUGAAAAAAGCCAGAAGAGCAAAGAGGGUUGCAAAGUAACACGUCCAGA